AUGCGUCCCACCUCGGAACCUCAACGACUACUGGUCUUCUGUGAUGGCACCUGGUGUGGACCUGAAACAGACACACGAACCAACAUUCAGAUUCUGGCAGAGAUGACGGGUAUCGACAUGAACAACCCGAAAGGGUCGAGAGAGCUCGAAGACCCAGCACGAAAACUUCGUGCCAAGUACUUCAACGGCAUCGGUCUAGGAAGCACUUUCUUCGCCUAUCUAUUCAAUGGCGCUACCGCAAAUGACAUAGGAACCACUUGCGUCGAGAUAUAUCAAUACAUCGCCCAACACUACCGUGAAGGAACAGAAGUCUGGAUGUUUGGUUUGAGCAGAGGUGCCUACACAGUCCGUUGUGUCGUGGGAAUGAUCAACAACUGCGGCAUUGUCAAGAACCCUUCUCGCGAUCUGUGCGACCAAGUCUAUCGCAUCUACUCGUCUCCUUACGAUGCCGAUAAGCCAUCAUCAGCGCAGAGUAAGGAGUUCAGAGCAAAAGCUAGUUGGGACGUUGCGACACCAGUCAAAUUCAUGGGCCUCUUGGAUACUGUCGGUAGCAUCGGCAUUCCAUCCCUAGAUGCUGGCAAUGGACCAUCAUACCCUACGCUUUGGGACCAAGUCGUCUCUAGCAGUGUUGAACAAGUCUAUCACGCCUGCUGCCUACACGAUCGCUUAUCACUGUUCCAACCCUGCUUGACGAAGCGCGAGCGCGACAACGGUAAACCGUCACCCACUAUCCAUGAGAUGUGGUUCCCCGGUUGCCACUACGACGUCGGACGCCAACGCUUCAAGUUCUUGCGGCGAAGAGCAGUCGACCCACUCGAGCGAGUCCUCUCAGUGAUACCAAAUCUUUUCUCCGGUACGCUGGAGCCGAAUGACGUAUUGGCGGAUGUCGUAUUGCGAUGGAUGCUACAAGCAAUCGAUAACGAAAUGCCCACUCAAACAGCCAUUCCCGAUAUUCAAACUCAAAUUGCCAAACUUGAACAACAAAUCAAAUCUGGAAAAGAUAGUGUUGGCUCUGGUGACGUUUACUCACCACAGAAAUCUCUCCUAUACGCACCUUUCGGCAGAAUCAUUUCUAUUCUACCUCAGCCAAGGAUAAUCUACGACACUAUCGCUGUACUCAUGGCUCUCCGCGACCGUCGCAUCCCAGAUGAAGGCGCGCAUGUCUUUCCUUUCGAGGAACACUUUGAAGGUGGAAAGAAGAGUAUCAAAGAGCUUGGCAAAGUUACAAAAGAGAGAUAUCCUAGCCGCACGUAUGAGAGUUGGCAGGCUUGGAGUGCGUAUUUUCCACAAAAGGACGACCCGGCAUUCAGAAAUGGCGAUGUGUCUGGCCGUGGCAAGAUUGAUGAAGAGCAGGUGGGGGGUAGCGAGCAGUAA